UAACAAAAAUAUCGCUUAUAACAAAGUUAGUAAAAUAACUAAUGGAUCAAAAUAUUCUAUACAUUAAUAUUAUUUAUUAAUAGAAAAGAUUUUCUAAGAAUAUUAAUAUACGGAUAGAAUCAUAAUUAAAAGAAAAUGAAAUGGUUCAUGUUGAUGAAAUAGGCUUUCCACAAAUCCUGUUAACGAUGUACCUCUACAAUUCACAGGGCUCCAGUGUUCCUCCACCACCUAGCCUAUCUGAUGUAGGUUCUUCAACUUCUACUAACCAAAGGCGCCAGAGGUCCCCUACAAAUCAUGUAGGUUCUUCAAAUGCACGUGGCAAGAGGAAGGUGAAGAAGCUUAGGUUGUCAAAGCUCCUCACAAUGCCGGAUGAAACCCCUGUGUUAGAUGUUUGUAGGAGAAUGGCAGCUCGUCGUGUUAAUGUCGCGAUAUUUACAGAUGCUAACAGUUUGCUUUGUGGAAUAGUCACCGGCAAGGAUAUAGCAACUAAAGUUGUUGCAGAAAAACUAAGCCCACACCAAACAAUAAUAUCAAAAGUUAUGACAAAAUAUCCUAUGUUUGUCACUUCUGAUUCUUUGGCAAUGGAUACCCUUCAGAAGAUGAUCCAAGGAAAAUUUAGGCAUUUCCCAGUUGUUGAAAAUGGUGAAGUUAUUGCAUCAUUGGAUAUUAAAAAGUGUCUCUAUGAUGCUAUAUCUGGAAUUGAAAAAACUGUGGAACGCGAAUCGGGAAAUAAUUUGACUGCACCUUCUACUUUUGUGGAGACGCUAAGUGACCAAAAGUUCCAGUCCUCUUUGUCAACCAUCAUUACCGAAAAUUCCAAGGUCGCAACUGUUAUGGCAUCAGAUCCAGUUUAUGUUGCUGCUAAAAGGAUGAAGGAAUUGGAAGUUAGUUCUGUUAUAAUUAUGGCUGGAAACAUUAUUCAGGGCAUAUUAACUUCAAAGGAUCUACUCAUGCGAGUUGUGGCACGAAAUCUUCCUCUUGAGUUGACAUUUGUUGAAAAGGUUAUGACGCCAAAUCCAAAAUGUGCAACGGUAGACACAACGAUUCUUGAGGCACUACAUAUAAUGCAUGAUGGGAAAUUCCUACAUCUUCCUAUUUUAGACAAAGAUGGAAGCGUUGUAGCAUGUCUGGAUGUCUUCCAAAUAACUCCUGUGGCUAUUUCGAUGGGGCUGUUUGAUUGGUAGCCUCUUAAUGGCUUUGCAUUUGAAUGGUUCGAGCGUUUGAUAUGCUUCCCAUUGCCUCCAAUCGAAUCAGAGAUGGCGCUUUUUGGCUCUGAGCAGAUCUGAAUGGAUAAAAAUUGUGCCUUCCCUCGACGCCCCCUUGGUAGGUUUUUUGAACUCUGAAAAUCGAUUUUAUCUUCUCUAAUUUUCUGCAAUCUCUUUUCUGAAAAAUUAGAACUUUGGAAUCUAUUUUCUAAACCUUCAAUUUCUGUCUGUACUUGAAAUGUUUGAACCUUCAAUUUGUAUUUUCUGAAAAUUUUGA